ACAUAAUCAUAAUAAUCAAUCCUUGAGAGGUAUAAAUAAUGGACAUCCCAGCAGAAUAAGACACAACUACCAAAGUCGUUGAAGACAUUAGAACAACCAUCUCCAACAGUACUCCGGGUAUUCGCCAGUCAAGUUCGACCACCAAAAGCAACAAAAUGAAACUCUUGUUCGCCAUUGUAUUCUUUGCUGCUCUCUACGAGAUCCAAUCGGCCACCACACGUUUUUGUGGUCCAAAUUUGUAUCAGGUUCUUUCGGCUGUCUGUGAAAAUGGUUUCAAUGGCAUGCAAAUCACCAAGAAGUCGGGCAAAAAGGAUUUAACCAAUGAUCUGGACCUUUUCAAUGAAAUCGCCGACGAGAGUCCCUUCAAGUCGGAUUCUCUGUUGAAUGAAAUGUUCUAUGGGGAUCGUCACAAUGCCUUGGCCAAAACCCGCCGACUAAGACAUUUGAAUGGUGUCUACGAUGAGUGCUGCCGCAAGGGUUGUACCAUGGAUGAGCUAUUAAGCUAUUGCCUUUAAAUCCAACGCUGAUAUAUAUAAAUUAUAUGUAGUUAAACAAUUUUUAAAAUAUUAAAUGUGCAUUUGAAUUGAUAAAUAAAAUACAUCAAUGUUUAAAAAAA